GAAACAUUGUAAUCCCGACCUUUGACAGCCAGACUGAUGUUAUGACGACGUCAAUAUACGUCGCUAGAAAUUAGUGGAUAUCAGCCCUAGGUAUCUCGUCCAUCAGCACUUACACAACUAUCGAGAUACACCAAUUUAUCGACAACUUGCAAGCAGAUCACUUGCAAGAAUGAGAGUGUUGGUGUACAAAUUCCUGUCAAUUUUGCAACAAUACUUUACGCAUAGACAGAGUAAAGCACAUACCGAGCUUAGAGACACUUAUCACUGACCGAUUAAAUGUACAAAUGAAACACAUAUUUAAAGCUUCAAACUAAAAUUAUAUCAUUCAGGUUUACUCACCAAGUAAGGUGACUUGCCACACCGGUGCAAACUAUUGUUUAUUUAUUAUUCCCUUAGGUUACGAGUGGAAUAUGAGGCUUCAACAAAACAUCUCAGGUUCGUCCUGUUCUCUCUCAACCUCUUCAACUGGCAUUAACCACUGCCCAGAGGUUCUCAACUCCUCCCCAAACGAUUCCCUCCAUGUAACCAUAGAAUCUAAAACUAACUCGUCGUUUCUCACUCCGACUACAAAUUCGAAGGCCAGCAUGGUGAGCCAUGUUAAUCAACGGUCUCCUCAGCGUGUAUCCAAUCCAGAAUAUUUGUUGAACAAUAAGUUCUUGAUUGGUUGGUUCUCGGAAUCCCUUGUUGCUGAUCUUAUCUCUCCGACCAACAGAGAAGAAGGUUGCUGCCAACUCCCUCGAUAACGCGCGCACCAAGUUUCAGACCCAUGGAGAAGAACUCAUAUUGAACGGUUGGUUGUCGAAUACAUAUUAUUAUUAGUAG